GGGAGUGAGAAGAGGACCAGAGAGGGAACAGGCAGUCGGUGGGAGCGCACCAGAGCAGAGCCACAUACACACACACAGAGAGAGAGAGAGAGAGAGAGAGAGAGAGAGAGAGAGAGAGACGCACAGCGACGUGGAAGACAAAAAGGCACCCGGGGGGCAAAGGAGAGCAGGAGCUCCGAGCGCCGUUUUCUCGCCUUUGUGAGCGUGGGCUCGGUGUGCGGAAGUCCUGCAGGGGGUGCGGCGGAUGGAGGGACGCGUGGAUCCGCUGUCGGCAGCUGAGGUUGCGGGGGAGAGCAAGGAGCGGAAAAAGAUCCACUUCUCCGUUCCGGCCACCGUUCCCCCACAGCUGGACCCGCGCCAGGUGGAAAUGAUCCGACGCCGGAGACCGACACCUGCCACGCUCUUCAGAGUGUCAGACAACCCCUCACCUGAUGAGGAAAAUGUCACCCAUCAGUGGGUUGUUGGGGAAAACGGAGUCCUCAAGCACAAGCGCGUGAACCCCUCGGUGUACCAGCCACCAUCGCUGAAAGCCGUGCAGCGGAUGGCGCAAGCUCACAUGCAGUCUCUGGGCGCCUGCCCCCGGCUGGAGGACCCCCCCGAAGGGGUGGAGAGUGAGGACAGCACCUCCUCGGGGGAGGAGUCUGAGGAAGGUCCACGCAUCCCCACCGUUGGUGCUGACUCCACUCACAGGACUCCUCUGAUUCCCCAACCCCCCCAACACCCCCAAUUAGAUUCCCAAGCAGAGAUGGACACUUUGGACAGCCACCCAGAAGUGCUUCUGAGGUCAGAGGUCAUUGUGGAGAAGUCGCCCACAUCUCAGUGGGCCCAGAAAGAAGAGGAGGAAGAAGAGGUGGAGGAUGAUGACGAAGAUGAAGAGGAGGAUGAGGAGAAAAAAGAAGGAAGAGGGAGAUGGGAGUGAACUAUGUAGGGAGGGUAAAGGGGGAUGGGAUGAGGUCCAUUUCAGGGUGAAAAGAGAAAUGAGAAAAUGCUAAAAUAAGAGCAUGAUGCAAAGUCUACUAAGGAGGGGUGGGCUCUCUGUGUGUCUGUGUGUGUGUGUGUGUGUGUGUGUGUGUGUGUGUGUGUGUGUGUGUGUGUGUGUGUGAGCGAGAGAGAGAGACAGAAAAAAGGGGAUCAAGGAGAAAACCGGGGCAGACGCUUCACCACUGUUCAGAAGUGACUCAGAUUACACCUGCCACAAAGCAUGGCAGCAAGCCCUGUAUUGCUGAGGGAGCGCAGUAAAGUAUAGUGCAGUACCUCAUUUUAAAAACCUGGGAAAGGUGCAAAACUAUGCUGUUCUAACAUAGGCUGGAGAUCUUUGGUGACGACAUCCACCUUUGUUCUUUUCAACAAAUGCUCCUUUGUGGCUGAGAAAGUACGAGCCGAAGGAGUGACAACACAGAACAAGAAUGUACCGAUACCUACACACACACACACACACACACACACACACACACACACACACACUCGGUCCAUUCACUUGUUGUGUUCUGCACAGUGGAAUUAGGAAGCGUACGACUGCGAUGUAACAAACACUAAGAGUGUAGAAUAAACACAGAGUGUAAUAUCAUUCUAGCGUUUAAUAACGUGUCGUUUUAAAGUCUGUGCGUCUGAGGGAAUGUGCUCUGUCGCCGUAAACGGCACCGUCUUGUGGCAGGAGCUCAGAGGGCCGAAACUGAAACGAGUGUUUCGCUGUUUAGGGGCACAUACUUCUGUCUAAAUCAACACUGCGUUUUACUCCGUGUUCCGGUACCGAUACCGGUCCUGGAGCUUUCCGCAGACCUAGGUUGAGUCCAAGAGCAGGGCUGGACCUGGCCUUUCACCUGGAUCUCUUUGCACCACUAGUUGUACCAUAGAUUGACAGUGGAUCGGUGAGGGCACCUGUUAAACUCACAUGAAGACACAAAUGAAGUCAUGCUAUGUAAGCUCUGUGUGUGUGUGUGUGUGUGUCCCGCGGUGCCCCACGGAGACAAACUUGGACCCAUUACUAUUUUCACGAGCAGACAAUGAAAGUAACAGAAUGAACGAUUACAUUUUGUUUACUUUUUCUUUCGCAAGAGGUAUCAAAAAACACGUUUGGAAAAUAUUUUUCUCCUCUGGCUUUUCCCUCUGAGAAAUGUAAAAAGGCAAAUUGUGAGUGAAAAUCCAGCAGAGAGACCUGAAAAAUACAUGACUGGUGUGACUGGGACGUGAAGUGGGGAACAGGAAAAGAGGCCAGUUUAAAGAAUGCAUGUAAUAUCGCCGCAGAAGCAUCAGGUAAUUUCUCACAUUCCAUUUUACCGGCCGUGCACACGACAGUCAGCCCUGUCUGAGAGUCAUCAUGUUUUCAUAACUCUAUUAACAACAAGCUUAUUUCCUUUGGUAGUUCCGGAUUUCUACAUGAAGCAGCUCCAGUUCGGUCAGGAAGGCUAUAGUUCUUCCUCUGUGCCAUUUCAGAGCUGAGCUGUUAUGAGGUGGAGCACCGGUUGCCUUCAGUCUGCCACACAUCGAUGAGCGUCAUGCUGUAGGGUUAGACAAGGAAUAAAUAACAGUCUCGGAAAAUUACAACUAUCACUGUGUCCUUUAUCAGUUUUUGAUGCGCACAUAUGCUACAGAGGUAAAUAUGUAACUGAAUUUGCUUUUCUUUUGUAAUCGGUCGCUGGGACUCAUUUACAAGAAAUAGGAAAAAGUGACAAAUGUUAUAUGUAAGAGCAAAAAAGGACUAAAAAGCUUAAUUAUUGUAUUUUCUCCUUUUAGUGUCAAAGAGCUUAGAGUUUUAUCAUAGGUUGUCAAAAUGUAGACUAAAACUGAACAAUGGCAUCAUGCCCAAUAAAAUCAUUAUGUGUUCUUA